AACCGGUGGGGGGACUCAUGGGGGGACUGGGAGAGCCGGAGUGGCCGCUACAUGGCCCGCUCCCCUCCCGUGCGUCAGAUCCGGCCUGGGGGAAAGGGAUGAAUGUUAAUUUCAAAGAUGGCGGCGGAGGGAGGAGGGAAGGAGAUGAACGAAAUUAAAACUCAGUUCACCACUCGGGAAGGUGUCUACAAACUCCUCACUCACUCCGAGUACAGCCGUCCCAACAGGGUGCCUUUCAACUCGCAGGGCUCCAACCCCGUCAACGUCUCCUUCGUCAACGUCAACGACCAGUCGGGCAACGGCGACCGGAUCUGUUUCAAUGUGGGCCGAGAGCUCUACUUCUACAUCUACAAAGGCGUCAGAAAGGCUGCUGACCUGAGCAAGCCUAUAGAUAAGCGUAUCUACAAGGGAACGCAGCCCACCUGCCAUGACUUCAACCACCUCACAGCCACGGCAGAGAGUGUGUCCUUGCUGGUGGGUUUCUCAGCAGGACAGGUUCAGCUCAUUGACCCUAUCAAGAAGGAGACAAGCAAGCUCUUCAAUGAGGAGAGACUAAUAGAUAAAUCCAGAGUAACAUGCGUGAAAUGGGUGCCAGGCUCUGAGAGUCUGUUUCUGGUCUCUCAUGCCAGUGGAAAUAUGUACCUGUACAACGUGGAGCAUACCUGCGGCACCACGGCGCCUCACUACCAGCUGCUGAAACAGGGAGAGAACUACUCUGUACACACUUGUAAGAGUAAAUCGACGAGGAACCCUCUCCUCAAAUGGACAGUAGGCGAGGGAGCUCUGAACGAGUUUGCCUUCUCUCCUGACGGGAAGUUCCUAGCCUGCGUUAGCCAAGACGGCUUCCUACGAGUCUUCAACUUUGACGCCGUCGAGCUUCACGGCACCAUGAAGAGCUACUUCGGCGGCUUGUUGUGCGUGUGCUGGAGCCCCGACGGGAAGUACAUAGUUGCGGGCGGAGAGGACGAUUUAGUGACCGUGUGGUCGUUUUUGGACUGCAGAGUCAUCGCCCGAGGUCACGGCCACAAGUCGUGGGUCAGCGUGGUGGCGUUUGACCAUUACACCACCAGCGUGGAAGAGAGCGACCCGAUGGAGUUCAGCGGCAGCGACGAGGACUUCCAGGAUCAGAUGAUCCACUUCGGACGGGACCGGGCCAACAGCACGCAGUCUCGACUCUCCAAGCGCAACUCCACGGACAGCCGGCCUGUUAGCGUCACGUACCGGUUUGGCUCAGUGGGCCAGGACACUCAGCUGUGCCUAUGGGACCUCACUGAGGACAUCCUUUUCCCUCAUCUCCCUCUCUCACGGACACGGACACACACUAACGUGAUGAAUGCUACCAGCCCCCCUGCAGGUGCUACAAUAAUCACUAACACCUCUAGUAACACAACUAACGGAAACAACAGCGGUGCCAAUACGCCUGGCAUCAACUCCCUCUCUACGACACUACCACGCUCCAACAGCCUACCCCACUCAGCCGCCACCACCACCACGGCAAACAACACCAAUAAGGCUGGCGGCGGCGGCGGCGGCAUCGGCACUGGUAUUAUGGACAGCGCCAUCGCUACGGGUGUGAGUAAGUUCGCCACGCUGUCACUCCACGAUCGGAAGGAACGCCACCACGAGAAGGACCACAAACGCAACCACAGCAUGGGUCACAUCAGCAGCAAGAGCAGCGACAAGCUCAACCUGCUGACAAAAACCAAAACGGACCCUGCUAAGACUCUGGGCACUCUGCUGUGCCCGCGCAUGGAGGACGUGCCCCUCCUCGAGCCCCUCAUCUGUAAAAAGAUAGCACACGAGAGACUGACUGUACUCAUAUUUUUAGAGGACUGUUUAGUGACUGCUUGUCAGGAGGGAUUUAUUUGCACAUGGGCGAGGCCAGGCAAAGUGGGUUUAUUGUCAUCCCAAAACCAAGCCAGCUCUCCCAGUGGAACAGUAGUAUAGCCACAAUAUUUCUGCUGCUAAAGAACCCUGCAACCCAGAGUCUGAUGCUGCUCUUCACCCUGCAAGCAUUGCAAGUUUUCCUUUUCUUUUACACCCCUGCCUUCCCCUCCCCCUCCCGAAUUUGUUAAUGGCUUUUCUGUUCUUUUCGUUUAUCACUCACUUGACCUAGUGGAGGAAUGAAGCAAGAAAAGGUGUGGUGGACUAUUGCGCUGAUGUACUAUUUGUUCUCUGGAGUUUUAACACAUUUUAGAUUUUUAAAAAAAAAUCUUUUGUUUUCAUGUCAAAUCUCAUCAGACUGUUGUCCCUUCUGGAAAAUAAAGCUUUGCUUUGUUAGAUGCAAACCAGACAACUGUGGCUUGAGAUUAAAGGGAUAGUUCAUUUAUUUUUCAUAACCUGUGUCCCACCCCACCUAUUAUUUUUUACCUCGUGGUGUAGCCCAGUCUCGGCUCAGGGUUACCGACUCAAAUAUGAAUUCUGGAUAAACUAUCCUUUUACGACCAAGUGCGUGAGCAUCUGAAAAAUUUUGCAUCCAUCCACAUUCACCCACCACUUCUGUCUUUUCUUUAGUAGAAUCUCCCCAUCAACGACUUUGCACUGAUUUUGUUAUUUUGUUGUUUGUUUUUAUAACUAAUGGAACAAAAAAAACUAGAGGGUUGAGGAACGCCUUGUUGCACUCGGCUUUAACAUCCUCAGUCUUGAAAUCUGAAUCUAUAAAGUUGGAUGCCGCAAUCAUAGUCUUUUUAAAGAGAAAAAAAAAUUGUUUGCACUUAAAAUUAGUUUAUUAGAAGAAAAUGGCUUUA